CCUCGCCUCCAACACGGAAGAAACAACACAAGUACCGAUAACUUUGCUUUAAAGUUUUGCCUUUUUUAAAAAAAAAGGGUAAGAAACCAUAAAUAAUAAGUUAAUACAAAGUAAUUAAGAAAACUACUUCUGGUUAAUAAACUCCAAGUUGUGCUGUCACUUAUUGCUUACAUAUUCUUUAAAAUAUAAAAAACUACUUUAUAAUGACUCAUUUCAUUCUAUUUUUUUUUUUUGGAGAGAGAAUUUGCUCUAAUUUUUAUUUUUAGAUAGGCUUGGUCCAAACUGACUAGUCUAUUUGGGUACACUAAUCGCCAUUUAAGGUGGGCGUGUACUUUUUCAAAAGAAUUCAUUUUAUGGUACCAUUUUCUUGUCAUUGAAGUUUAGACUAAUUUAGUUGUAUAAAUAAAUAAAUUGAGUCUUGAGAAUGAUUCACAUUAUUACACGUUCAUUUAACAGCCAUUAAGCCACUGCAUCAACAGACAGUGCUAAGAACUACAUUGAGUCUACCUACAUCGCUACAUUUCUAUUUAUCACAUGCAGAUUAGCCUAGCCUAGUAGUAACCUAGUGCCUGAGUGUUAUUCAAGUGUAAAAUUUCAUAGUCAUAUGCCUAAAACUAAAGUGUAUAUUAUAUAUAUAAUGGCAUUAAUGGGGACAGGGGCCUAUUCAUUUUAUUACAAUGAUAAGGUGUAAAGUAUAAUUAUAAUUGCCAUUGAGCCCAUUGCCUAUUAUUACUAUUAAGUAGAACAAGCCAAAUUAUUCAAUUAAAAAAUAGCUAAUAAAUUAAAUAAAUAAACUUCUUAGCAGUUUUAUUAACUAAAAGAAGGACUGAAAAAGCCUUAAUGUAUAGUAAUUUUAGUUUAUAAAUAUAUGUCAGUUACAAGUUGUAAUACAACAUUAAAGCAGCAAUACAAUUUUAAUUUUAUUUUCACCAGCUACCACUGGUGUAUGUAUAGUAUAAACUUAUUGUGACAGGGUUAGGCCUACUUACUAAACUAUUUUAAAGUAUUGCCUUAGCGCAAUAAAAUGAAUGUUCCAAAUAAUUCUUUUAGAGUAGGACUGAGGAAUAAAUGGUGGAAUUAGAAGUCCGUGGUGUAAGCAAAGGGAGGGUAAGUGGGGCUAACACCCGCCCCUCUCUGAGACCAAAGGGCUAAAGGAGAGAAGAAAUAGAAUGUGAUAUUUGUAAGCAAGAUUCUGUUAAUUAUUUUUUUAUUGUAAAACCCUAUGAGACGAAAUUUUAUUUGAUUAAAAGUUUAGCUAAUCCAGGUUCUGUCGUGAUUCAUUAAUUAAUAUUAUGAUCAUGUACAAACUCCAAUGUCAUCAGGCCCAGAUUAACCAUUUAGCAAUAUAAGCACUUGCUUAAGGCAUCAAAUAAGGGGUGACAAAAAACACACAGAGAAAAACGUUUAGAAUAUUGAACAAAAUAAAAAUCCAUUAAGAGAUAAAUACCAAGUAAACAUAAAAUUGGAAAUAUGAUGAUGAGUGAUAGGCCAGGUAAUGGCACCUUAAAUGUAAAAUGUAUUUUUGGGAUAGUGAAAAGCUAAUUAAUGCUUACCCAGAGGACAUAAAUUUCCAGUAGCAUCUCUUUUGUUGCUCUAUCAUCAAUUGUCAUUUGAUGCAUUUCUAAAUUCUGGUAUGCACUUAAGUAUUUUGGGGAGGGGCUCACUUCGGCACCCUUGAUAUUGUCUCAUGAUCACCUUUUAUGGCCUCGAACUGCUCUGCAGCCAAUGCCCCCCACCUCUCCAUAAAAUCCUGUCCACGCCACUGGUUUCAUAUGAUGAAUUCUUAGUUAGAAUACCUCAACUCCUUUACCAAUAAUAUCUUUUGUUCUAAUUGAAAUUAAUUCUGUUAGUGAUAUCAUUUUCGAUACAUAUAGAUCUAGCUUGAGCAAAAUUGGGGGAAAAUAAGAAUACUGUCAUAAUUAAUUUUAUUUUCCAAUGGCUUACUUCAAGAAUCAGAGUGCCUUGAUAAAGUGAAUUUAAUCAUCGAAACAAACAUCUGAAUAAAUUGAUACAAACUUGUCUGACCAAUUAUUUCAAAAUGUACAGUAUCCUCUGUAUUCCAAAUCUAAAGUCACUGCAUUAAUUCUAAUAUAAUUGAAUCAAUGUUAAGCAUAAAAUAUAUAAAGAAAAGUCAUAAAUAUUCCCAAAUGGAGUGUAACAAAAGCAUAAAAUAUGUUUCCUUUCCUUAUUGGGCUUGCAGCAUAUGAUAUUUUAUUCUCUAGUAGCUGCUUUCAGACAUUUUUCUUACCUUUAACUGCUGUAUUGUCACAUUUCAUUAUUCCCCCCCCCCUCCCCUCUUACCCCUGUUAUAUUUCAACACUUGUGUUACUCUUACUAAAUUUUUUUAUCCAAUCCUUUUGGCUGAGAAUACAAUGUAAGCUAUAAGUGCUGCAUGUUCUAUUUGUUACUCUUUGAAUAAAAACAAUGGAAUGUUGCUAUUAAAACACUUUUUAUUAUUAUAAUUAAAUGUAGAAGUAAAAAAUCAAGAAGUAAAAAUCGAGUCACUAAAAAUAGUUUGGUAUCCAAAAAGGUAAAACUGUGUUGAUGUAUUUGUAAUUAUAUAUUAAUUGCAAUGUAAGUUAAUUUACACCAUUAAUUUAUUUUAUUUCUAGAAGUGACAUUAUUCACUUAUUUUUUAUUUUUUUGUGUGUAUAUUUCCAAAUCUUUAGGAAUGUUUGUUUUCACUAAAAUAAAUAAAAAUAGUGCUGCACAUUGUCAUAUUUAAUUUAUUUUGUAUCUAUUUAGCACGCUAUUUUUGUCUCAUUGGAUUUGGUAUUGCUUUGCUAAUGGCUUUUGACCCUUAAAAAAAUAUGGUGUCCUAAUAUUGUAGUAUGGUUUGCAUAUAAUAACUAAAGAUAGCACACUUGUUAGUAGUAGAUUAGUUAUUUUAAUUGAAUACUUUUAUAAACACCUUUAGUUUUUAAUUAUUAUUUUUUUAGAGAAUUGUAUGUUACAAUAAUAUAAAUCAGAGAAGACUUAGUGUUAUUUCAAUUCCAUGGAAUUGAUAUUUGUUUCUUUUGAAGAAAAAAAUAAAGCCUCCCUAUUUUCAUUUUUGAAUGAACGCUGUUCAAAAAAAAAUUACAGUUGUACACCUAAAUUUAGCUGGUGAUUGUUUGUUUUAAUAAUUGUCUAUACCUGGAAUAAAUUGUUUGAUAAAACUGUUUUAUUUCAAUGUUGUCUUAACAAAUUGAAUAUUGUAAUUAACAAUAGAUUUGCAUGUAUAAUUUCCAAACUAUUAGAGUGUUUCUCAACCUUUUCUGUGCUAGUUCAGUUCUAUAAUUUUCGACACACCUGAAUGACUCAUUUUGUUAUCAACCUACUUUCCGUUUUUUUUUUUUAUCUAUAUCUCUAUAACAAUCUAUUAGUAUGUUUAUAAAAGUUUCAUUUGGCUUUUUGGGGGAAAAUAUUUACCACUUAGUUUAUUCUAACCAAGUAGUUUGUAUAGUUUGUAAUUAUAGUUGUUUAAGCUGAUUUGUUAAGCAAUUUCUGGGGUAUUUUAUUUACUACAAAAGUCGUCAUUUCUUCUUUUAUAAGAGCAAACAUUGUGACACAAUUUAAUAAGCAUGCAGAUAUACUGUUUCAGAAACACUGACUGCUCUCAUAAAAGAUUUUCGGGACCUUUUCUCCCUUGCAAGAUUAAUUCUGUGAUACACUUCACCAGCUGGUUUCUGCCAGAAUAAAAUACUAUUGAUUUAUGCUCUGGUUUAAAUAAAUGCAUUUUCUGCAGAGUAAUUGUAUAAACUGUCACUUUUUUAUCAACUCCCAAUGUUGUGUAACAUGCAUUACAAGAUACUCUUAUGGAAGCACAGGGAUUUAAAUUGAGAAUUUUUGGAGGUUUUUUAAACCCAUUACAAUAAAUAAUUAAAUGAGCUUAAUUUUUAGCUUGCACUUAUUUCAAAUCAUUCAAAACUUUUCUACAUCAUACAAUAAUUUAAAGUUAUAACAUGAUUCCUCCCAAUAAAGUAGUAAAAAAAAGUAAAAUACAAAAAUUUUCUGUUUAUACUUUUUUUGCAGGCAAGGCAUAUGAUCCAUAAAUUUGUUAUAUUGAAAAAAAACAAAUUGUCAUCACUUAAAGUUACCAACUGCAAGAGAUCGUUUUAAACUUGUUCUAUGUAGCGCAUUUCUUAUGAUGAUCUCAAAAUGUUGUUUUUAGAUCUUUUUUUAGUGUGUUUUAUGUUUGCACAUGAAGCACAAUUAACAAUUUUCCUCUCAAAUUUAAAAGAAUCUCAGUUAACUACUGUGCUUCAGAGACAGCUUUAAUUUAGUUUUUACAAAUAUUUCCAAACAUCUGCUCGAUUCAGUAAAGAUGAAAUUUAUUUAUAUAUAUAUAUAUAUAUUUUAAAAAUAUUAGGCUACUUCUAAAAACUCCACAGCCAUCAUCUGAAAAGUCAAUUGCUGCCAGCCAAAACAAUAAUAGCCAUGCAGCGACAGCAUUGCCAAUAAUGUUUUGCUGCUGCCCACAAGAGUCGGAUAACUACACAGUGGAUAGGGAGAACCAAAAAAAUAUAAAUAACUCAACAGAAGCCAGAAUCCAAACAGGAAAAGGGGCUGUUUCGUCAUCCAACCAAAAUAUCAGCACUGAAGCCAAUUUAGAUAAAAGCACAAUUUCAGAAACUAAGCGGGAAAAGUCUCCAGUUGUUGAGCAGCCUAAAGCACAUUCAAAGACCACCACUGCAGGAAAUAGUUCAGAACCUUCAAAGCAACAACAUAUUUCUACCUCAGAUGUAAAAACUGAAGAACUUAGAGACAAACCCAUUGACCUCACAGAUAUUGAGAGCAAAGUUGUAACUGAGCCCCAAGGGCUAACAGGUUCCUUAAAUAUUAAUACAAAUAAAGUUGAAUCUAAUGCAAAAUCUGUCAGUGUGAUAUCUGUAUCUCAAAAGUCAAAUAAUCCAAAUCUUGUAGAAACUCAAAUGCCAAAUAUUCAAGCAUUGAAAGUGAUUAAGACAGACUUAGAUAAAAUAGAAAAAGCCAUUAGCGAAGCUGAAACCAAAUCCAACUGGGACGCUAAAUCUGCAGUGCCCGGAUUAGCCAAUCAGCUUAAAGUUUUAACCUCUCAGGUGUUAGCAUCACUGGCGAGUACUGGGGAUAUGGCUGGGAUAGAACUUCAAGCAGCUGUGUCCAGAUUGGAGGCUGUGGCUACAAGACUGGAGUCAUUGGCCGCCAGGUCGGCCGUCGGAGGUGGUGGUCACUCUGCUGGUGGGGAUUCAGGUAAAAUAGCAUGUGAGGUUUUUGUCCUGAAGAAUUAUUACAUAGAAUUUUAAAAUUAAAUUUUAAUUUCAUGCAUAUUAUUGUAGCAAAAUCCUGUCAGUUCUUAAUUAAUAAACUUUUGCUAUAUGGAAUGUCACAAAUUAUAUAUAAACUCUUCUUAAAAAUGCGAAAGCCAAAAUGGUUUUAAAAGGUUCAUUUUUUAAAUCACACAGAGCAGUUGUUAAGUAUUUUUAGGUUAUUGGUUGUUUGUUUUUUCUUUAAAAUUGUAUAAAAAUGCUAAAUUUACUAUUAUAUAAUUAAUGAUAGGGGGAUGCUUUUCAUGUGUCAAAAUUACUGCAAACUAUUUAAAAUAUAUAUGUGAGAGAGAUGUUUCUUUAUUGAAAUUUAACACUUUUUGAUGUUCAACUAAAAAUAAAAUCUUAACAUCAAUUCUGCCAGAUGCUGUGUCUCCUUAUGUUCUUGCCUAUGAUGAUCUGAUUGCUGGACCUCUGUCGAAGUACAUCUCACUGUCAAAUGAUGUGGGUGGGGAUGUGAAAGCUCAGGUGUGUAGUCUUCUUCACUCUACAGGUGUUUUCUCUUGACCUGAAAACAAAAUUGAUCUCCAACUGUGAUAUCACUACAAGCUGUGCUUGCACGUGCACAAAGAAAUACUACUACACCAGUGCACAAGAGGGAAGUAGAUUUAAAAAAGGAAUUUGUAUUUUUAAAAACUUAAAGUGAGGGUGGUACCAAAAAGUGUGCAUUUUCCUCCUAUAUCAGGGAUGGGCAAACUUUUUUUGCGCUGAGGGCCACAUGGACAAAUGUAAAGCUAUUGGGGGGCCGCAUGUAUGUCCAAUUUUUACAUAUCGAUAAACAUUUCUCUAUAUUAAAAUCGAUAAAUUCGCAUUUUAGCAUUACAUGACAAUAGUCAAGGACUGUUUUAAAAAAAAAAAGAAAAUUAGAAAGGAUGUUGAUUAAAAAUGUUAAAACAUCAAAACAGUAUAUGAAAAAUAACUGUAAAAUUCAACACAAAAAGCUUAAAAACAAAGUAAUUUUGUUAUUUCUAAAUGCCUUUGAGGGCCACAUAAUAUCAGUUGCCUUACGGCCCCCACCCCCUGUCUUAUAUAAUAAAACUUUCAAAUGGAGGACAGCCAAAGAUUAAAUUUGAGAUUGCCAUUUUCAGCUCAAAUCCUUAAAUUAUGAAUACAAGAAAGAGACCUAUUGUCUUUUAGCUUUAAGUUGAUAUAUUCAAUUUGGCUUUUAUCAGCCAGAGAAAAACACAACUGUAUUUUAUUUCUUUAAUUUGAAUACAUUAAAAUGCUCAUCAAAUAAGGAUAUUAAUGUUUUUUUUUUCAAACAUUUCAUGUCAGGCUCAACUAGUAAAAUCAGCUUUUGAUGCCCAGCGAAGCUUUCUUAUUGUUGCCUCAAAGAGCAAGCAGCCAGAUCAGGUAUGUUAGUUAGUACUGUAAACAUUUAAUUCACAUAUACCUGUAUCUAUUAUUGCUAUUGCGUCUUUAAAAUUUUCAUCAUUUGUUAAAUUUAAAUGAAUUGUUUGACCUACAAUUUAUUUAUUUAGGCCUUUUGGCAACACAUUUAAAAAAGGGAAGCGUUAUACGCAGUCGGCUGUGCAUAACCCUGAGAAUUAUACGCAGUCGGCUAGGAAUUUAGCCAAAUAAGGUUUAUCAAUCGAUUGUUUGGCAAUUUACAAAAAAAGUAUUAUGCGUAAUAAGCUGCAUGACGGGUUGUUUUGAACUAGAACUUUUCAUGUGUUAAAAUUGAAUUAAUUGUAAUUAAUAUUGAAAUUGAUGAUAGCAAUAGUAUUAGUAUUAGUGCUAUUAGUAGUAUUAUUGCUUGUAUCUUAUAUAUUAUAAUUAUUAUAAGUAUAAGUCAAAGUCUACAUUUCUUAGAGUCUAAGCCUAAGUCUAAGAUUUUUUAAAAGGCAUUUCCAUGGUCUAAGUCUAGUUAUGUAUUUUGAUUGAUUAGGUUUUUAUAUGUUGCUAUGACUAUGUGGUUAGUUUUACUGACUAAUUCAGGAAAUACAUUCUAUUUAUUUUUUUUUAAAUUUAUCAUUUUUUUAAUGAUUUUUUUUUUUUUUUUUGAUGAUCUAAAUGUAACAGUUUUCAGCUUCCAUGCAAAACUAUAACUGUUCGAAAGUAUUACUUACACUGACCCCUCUACAAAACCCCUGCCCCUACAGCGAUUUUUUUACUGCUACUCUCAACCCAUGAUUAUAUUUAUUACUGUACCAGAGAAACAUGAUUUUAUCUGCCACAAAAUUAGUUAACAACACAAAAUAUAUGUUAACAACACAAACAUAUUAAUUAUAAGAAUAACAUUAUUAACAUUACAUUGGUCAAGUUAAUCGUUCUUCUCAUGUUUUAACAUUUUUUAGCCAAAACAAAAUUAAGUUGCCUAGUUGUUUUUGCUUCAUUCUCGAGAACAAACAUAUCAAAUAACACGUAUUCUUGGCUUGCCGUUGGCUGUAAUUGAACUCAAGACCACCAACUUGAGGUUUGGUCAGUUUGAACCAUUCGACCACCCAGUCACCUCGAUAAUGAGGCACCCUUAUUGAUUGAUAAUGUAACACAGGAAGAAUAUAGACGUCACGUGACUUGCCGACUGCAUAUAACUCUCAGGGUUAUACGCAGUCGGCUGCGCAUAACCACUUCGUUUAAAAAAUAAUAAUUUUGCUCUAAUCCUGGCAUGUUUUUUGUCUGUGUAGAACACUUUAAUUCAACUUUUAAAGCCUUCAUCUGAGAGGUUACAAGCUGUUCAGGUAAUGAAACUUUUUAUCUGAAUUUAAUAAGGAAAAAUAACAUUUUAAAAAGAUUCUUUAAACUUACAGAAUAUUAUUUUAUCUACAACUUUCCUUUUUAAUAUAAUUAUGAUUUCUCUCUAUGAACCACAUAUGGUUUCUUGUGGACACCUAGGCCUCUAAGGGAAUCCCUGUUGAGAAACAUUUGGCAGAAAUGAAAAAACAAAAUUAGAUUAAAACUGUUGAAAAGGAAAAGAUCAAAGACAAUGUUUGAUAAUUUUUCUGCUUGUGUCAAAUUUAAAAAAGGGAAUGAAGUCAGUUCUAGGUUGAUGGUCUCACUGCAUUUCAAAUCUCAGACAGGAGGGAAGGGUGACAAAAAUAAAUUGAACAAAUGAAUGCUAGAGAUACAAAAAUUCAGGCCAACAUUUUAUGUAUGGCUUUUGAGUUUAAAAAAAAAAACUUAAAAAAAUAGGACCAUUAUACACAUACAAUGCACUCAUGUGAUACAAAAAUCAGACUAAACCAUAGCUUUUAAUUAUCUCUAAAAAAAUUAUUUUUUCCCAGGACUUCCGUGAAAAUAACCGUAAAAGUGAAUUCUUCAACCAUCUCUCUGCCAUUGGUGAAUCAAUAGCAGCCCUUGGUUGGGUGGCCAUUGUAAGUACAAAGCAAAAAAAAAUUUUAACAGACAUUCAAGGAAUUGAAAAUUUGAUGCGCAUAUUGUUUUCUUAAAUCACAUGUUUAGUGUGUGUUUUAAUUGGUAUUCUUUUUAAGUACAUUUCUAUUGAACAUACCCCAGCACCUGGGCGCUAUAAAUAAUAUUAUUCCUGUUCUGUUUCCAUUCAACAUACCCCAGCACCUGGGCCCUAUAUUAUUCCUGAUCUGUUUCCAUUGAACAUACCCCAGCACCUGGGCCCUAUAUUAUUCCUGAUAUGUUUCCAUUGAACAUACCCCAGCACCUGGGCCAUAUAUUAUUUCUGAUCUGUUUCCAUUGAACAUACCUCGGCACCUGGGCCUUAUAUUAUUCCUGAUGUGUUUCCAUUCAACAGGCGCCAGCACCUGGGCCUUAUGUCAAAGAAAUGUCAGAUGCUGGAACAUUUUACACCAACCGUGUUUUAAAAGACUUUAAAGAGAAGGAUGUCAAGCAUGUGGAGUGGACCAGAGCAUGGAUCUCAACUCUGACAGAACUGCAAGGCUACAUUAAACAGUUCCACACAACUGGGCUCUCUUGGAAUCCACAGGUCACUCUCAUUUUCUUAGCAGUCUCUGAAUUAAGAAAAUCACUUAACAACUUUUAAAUAAUAAUUACUUUCAGUUCUCAACAAAAUAAUGUACAAUUUUUAAAAAGAUGUGGGUUUUCUGCAAACCUGAGGUCUGCAAAAACUUUGGUUUCCACUUAUGCCGUGAAGUAAUAUGUCUCACUUUUAACACUUUAGGUAUCCUAAUAAUAUUCUAAAUUAUAUAAGUAAUUGGCCACAUUUCCUCAAACGAUUCCCAUCUCUCUUAAAGAAUUGUAUUUGACGUCAGUAUAUCUGUUGUAAAGAUUACACAACAAAUAAGCUUGAAAAUCAUGCUCAGUGAGACCAUCAAAACCUUUUCUGAAGACAUUUAAGGACUGACAGAAAUUUGUCUGCAUAUAGUAAAAAGAACCAGUCAACAGUCGAAGGAGCAUAAUAAUUGAUUAUUUAUUAACCUGGAACCAACAACUGUCACAUUAAACAUUAUAUUUUAUAAAAAGCUUGAUUAAAAUAACGGCAAAAAUUUAAUAUUUACUUUAAAAAGUUAUUUAAAUAUUUUUUUAGAAAUAAUAUUGUAUCCAUUGAUUUUAUCUUCUUCUUCUGUCCACUUUUUCCAGGGAGGCUAUUAGAGAUAGAAAAUAUGGUUCUUAAUACUCAAUUAAUAUUAAUAAUAACAGAAUCGCCAUAUACUACAACAACACCACAAACUCAAUAGUGAUCACUUGAUAGUUACUUUUAUAAACUUAGCAAUGGCUGAACACACCCACUAGAAAAUAUAAAAGUUAAGUGAACAUAUAUUUGAAGCACUUAGAUGAUUAUAAUUAAUCCAAUGACCCUAUACCAAGAGGCAGCAGGUUUGAAUAUCACCCAGGAUCAUUCCAUAGUAAAUAGGCUAGAGUAAUAAACCUAAACCAUCUUAAGAUAUGUAAGAUAUCGGCCAUCUUAGUAUGGAGUAAAAGUAUAUUUAUUGCAAAAACAACUAAUCUUACCAGUUAAAACCAGCUUUAGUCUUGACAGUCAAAAAUAGCUUUAGUCUUAUUGCUGCCUACUAAAUUCAGAAUGUUUUUUAAAAAAUUUGUUUAAAAAGGCUAUUUAAAUAAAUAAAUCUCUUGCACAGCAUUAAUAAUUUUUAUAUCUCAAUAUUCUUAAAUUAUACAUAAAGCAUCUACUAUAAAUAUUCUAUACAAUCUCACCAUCCCGAUAAUGCGAUUUUUACAUACACUCUAGCAUAGAUUCAUAGUGAGCCAAAAAAACAUAUGCAUGUCAUGGCCUUUAACUUAAUGCACCAGACUAUGUGUUAUACUCAGUUACAGUUACGCAGGAUAUAUUCUCUAGGUUUACUAUAAUUUUAAGGGUUGAAAAAAAACUGAGACCUUUGGGAGCAGAUAUGACUAGUGGCAUGGGUAGUUUGACAGAGAGAGGACUGGUUUUAAUUUUAGAUUUGAAUCUACUUUAUAUAAAUGUCAUUUGUACAAAAUGUCUGUGCAGCUUAGCAUUGGGGGAAUGUAUUGUAACUACAAGAAGAUGAAUUAUUGUCAUGAGUUUUAUUUGGCCUGUGUCUCAUAUUCAAAGGGAGAUUAAUUACUGUCAUAGUUUGUUUUUGGCCUGUGUCUCAUAUUCAAAGGGAGAUUAAUUACUGUCAUAGUUUGUUUUUGGUAACUGCAUUUGGCCUGUGUCUCAUAUUCAAAGGGAGAUUAAUAAUUACUGUCAUAGUUUGUUUUUGGUAACUGCAUUUGGCCUGUGUCUCAUAUUCAAAGGGAGAUUAAUUACUGUCAUAGUUUGUUUUUGGUAACUGCAUUUGGCCUGUGUCUCAUAUUCAAAGGGAGAUUAAUUACUGUCAUAGUUUGUUUUUGGUAACUGCAUUUGGCCUGUGUCUCAUAUUCAAAGGGAGAUUAAUUACUGUCAUAGUUUGUUUUUGGUAACUGCAUUUGGCCUGUGUCUCAUAUUCAAAGGGAGAUUAAUAAUUACUGUCAUAGUUUGUUUUUGGUAUUUGGCCUGUGUCUCAUAUUCAAAGGGAGAUUAAUUACUGUCAUAGUUUGUUUUUGGUAACUGCAUUUGGCCUGUGUCUCAUAUUCAAAGGGAGAUUAAUAAUUACUGUCAUAGUUUGUUUUUGGUAACUGCAUUUGGCCUGUGUCUCAUAUUCAAAGGGAGAUUAAUUACUGUCAUAGUUUGUUUUUGGUAACUGCAUUUGGCCUGUGUCUCAUAUUCAAAGGGAGAUUAAUUACUGUCAUAGUUUGUUUUUGGUAACUGCAUUUGGCCUGUGUCUCAUAUUCAAAGGGAGAUUAAUUACUGUCAUAGUUUGUUUUUGGUAACUGCAUUUGGCCUGUGUCUCAUAUUCAAAGGGAGAUUAAUUACUGUCAUAGUUUGUUUUUGGUAACUGCAUUUGGCCUGUGUCUCAUAUUCAAAGGGAGAUUAAUAAUUACUGUCAUAGUUUGUUUUUGGUAACUGCAUUUGGCCUGUGUCUCAUAUUCAAAGGGAGAUUAAUUACUGUCAUAGUUUGUUUUUGGUAACUGCAUUUGGCCUGUGUCUCAUAUUCAAAGGGAGAUUAAUAAUUACUGUCAUAGUUUGUUUUUGGUAACUGCAUUUGGCCUGUGUCUCAUAUUCAAAGGGAGAUUAAUUACUGUCAUAGUUUGUUUUUGGUAACUGCAUUUGGCCUGCGUCUCAUAUUCAACAAGGCCUCAAAUUUACUCUGAGACUCAUUCAUAAUAAUACAUUAAUAUAAGUUUUUAUAUACGAGCUUUACACAUAAUUUUAUCUUAGUUGGAUUAAAUAUGGAAUAUUAUACCUACCAAGUUCUGAUAUUAACAAAAUGUAAGACACUAUCUACAUUAGGGCAAAUCUAACAAAGGGCAAAUUUGUAUCAAACUGAGUUUGAAACUACAAAUUUGAAAAUGAAAUGGAAUGCUGGGAAAAGAUUGCUAAACCUGGAUGUAGGGCAAGCUUAACUAUAACAUGCAACCUUUAAAAGCUUAAUCUUUAUUUUUCAUCUAGCAUUUUAGUCUUUUCUUUUUGUUGUACACUUGGGACCCUGGAAGUGCUAGUUGGAGAGCAUCCGUCCCCAGUCCUGUAUGGCUUCAGUGGUGGACCACCGGUCCAUUCAAUUAUUAUCUAUUCAUUCUCUCACAGUUAACUAAUUUAAUUUUUACCCCAAGUCUUGAAAUUUUUGGACAAUGUUUUGUCUGAUAAGGUGAAAAAUAGAUAAUAACAGUUCAUUGUCGACAUCUUGUCAUUUAUUGUAUUUAGUUUUUAUUGUUAGUAUUGUUACCAUCACUGAAAGUCCCGACUUACAAUGAAAAGAUAAAAAUAAUAUGAAUAAUAUCAGGUUCUUUUUAGAGCUUUUGGUAUCCAAAACAUGUGGGUUGUACUUCUGGUCAUUUCAAGGCAUUGUUUUGAUUCUUUCGAGGUCAUCUGUUCUUUUAAGAAAUGGGUGAAAAGCCCAUGCAUAUUCAUGUGGCUAUAAUCCAACUAAAUUGAUAAACAGUGAUUGAACGUGUCCAGAAAUCUGAGUUAUCAAAUGCGACUCAUCUAUCUGUCCAUAUUAAGGCUUCUAGAAUUCAUGAAAAAUUUCAUAUUAUCUGCCUCGUGAUAUGUUUGUCUGUUCACAGGUGGCUAUUAAUUAUCAUUUAAUCUUUUAAUUUUAAAAUUUCUGUUUGAAAACUUCGUACAUAUAUUAUAUUAACCAAUAUGUAUUCAAAUUAUUUUCUGUUUGAUUUUAAAAGUUUUUCCUUCUGUAUAUUAAAGGCCCAGGAUCAAUGUAUUGAUCAUUCUGGCUCCUUAGUAUGUAGAGGGGAUUCACAAUGUUUUUGUGCCUGAUAUUGAAGAGAAUAUUUCACUGGUUGCAAGGGCUAGUCAGCGAGAGUAUCAGGAACUGGCGGGGGGGGGUGGGGGGGGGUGUUUGAAGGCCUGAGGCAAUUCCUGUAUUGUGUCAAUAUUUAAACCUCUUUCUGGGGGACAACCACUCCAGGUAGAAGUUGACCAAGAGGUCAGCAGACAACAGGUGGAGAAUGAAGUCAAGCUGGUUAGAUACGUUAAAAUAAGACAAUGUAGAGGGGAUUCACAAUGUUUUUGUGCCUGAUAUUGAAGAGAAUAUUUCACUGGUUGCAAGGGCUAGUCAGCGAGAGUAUCAGGAACUGGCGGGGGGGGGUGGGGGGGGGGUGUUUGAAGGCCUGAGGCAAUUCCUGUAUUGUGUCAAUAUUUAAACCUCUUUCUGGGGGACAACCACUCCAGGUAGAAGUUGACCAAGAGGUCAGCAGACAACAGGUUGAGAAUGAAGUCAAGCUGGUUAGAUACGUUAAAAUAAGACCGCAGGAUUAUUUCAUGAAUUUCAAAGGAGCCCAGUCAGUUAUAAAUAUCAUCAGGGGGUAUUUGCUACAAAAUUUACUUGAGUUCUGCUCUUUUCCUUAGUCAAAUCCACUGUCAUUCUCUCUAUGGCUCCGCCAGUCAGUCAGAAAUCGGUUUUAACUCCAAAAAACAUGGUUCUUGACAGGUUCUUGAAAAUAAAUUUGACUCUUAAAAUUUUUUUUAUUGUCAUGCUGCUGAUAUUUAGCUCUUUUGACUAAUGAUUUUGCCGACCACUGCCCUAUUUCCCCCCCACCCCCGCAAAACUGUCCAUUUGGUUUAGCUACCGGGUAUUGAAAGAGAUAGGUAUUUAUUUAUUAUUUUUUAGUCUCAUUGGCAUCAGUGCUAUAUAUUUAACAAAAUUUAAUAUACUUCACUUACCAGCAAAUACAUAAAUUAAUAAUUUCAUCACUUCGUGUUACUGACCAACGGUCACUCUCUUCUUAUGUGCCUACUCAGCCUACAAACUAUUUUAAAUAUUUCUAACGACACCGUAUCCAUAUUGUAUGCGCGUAACUCUUGUUGUUAAAUUGUUUGCAGUUGUUCCCCAAAGCAGAUGCCAUGGUCCUCGAGCUUUAUGUAGCCGGCUCGCUUCUCGCCAUCUCAUGCUUUGUUCUCAAAACACCCCAUCAAUAAUAUUUACUUAUCUCAUCCCUCACUUCAUCGAGUGUAUUUCUCACACAUCUCUUUUCGGUGCCCAGCCCCCCCCCCCUGGGGCCCCCUGGGCAUCUUGUCCCGCCCCUCUCGUUAUCUUUAUUUAAUUCUUAAUAACUAUAGAAACAUGUGUUAAAGCUAUUCAUCUAUUAAGGCUCGGGUGGAAAUUAGAAAUACAGUUUUUAGAAAAACAACUUUUUAACGGCUAUCAUUAAAUGGUAGCUCUUAAUAGCGUCCUCACUCAUUGGCUGAUCGUCCUCACGCAUUGGCUGAUUGUCCUCACGCAUUGGCUGAUCAUCCUCACGCAUUGGCUGAUCGUCCUCACGCAUUGGCUGAUCAUCCUCACGCAUUGGCUGAUCGCCCUCACGCAUUGGCUGAUGGCACAUUAAGUUUUGUUAUGAGGUUUAAAGUUAUUUUUAUCUUUUUAUAUGGUGAAUAAAUAUGGAAACUGUCCCUGUUGCAAUGGGAAAACUUAAUCCAAAGGUCCACCAAGCUUAAAGGUUUGGGAAACACUGCUCUGCUGUACCAGGGAAAGGUAGUUGGUAGACAUUUACCUAGGAAAAAUUUGUUUGGCGGGGUAUUCUGCUGUACAGCGUAAAGUAGUCGCUGAAUUACUUGGUACAAAUGAGUGCCUACCAACUAUAUUUACUUGGUACAAUAUAAUACCCGCUGACUACACCGUAAAGUAGUCAGUAGUCGGCGGGUAUGCAGGGUAAAUUAGUCGGCGGGUAUUAUAUUGUACCAAGUGAAUAUAGUUGGUAGGCACUCAUUUGUACCAAGUAAUUUAGUCGGCAGUUAUUGUACCAAGUCAAUGAAGUUGGUAGGCAUUCACUUGUACCAAGUAAGUUCAAUUGGCAGGUAUUCCAAGGUACCAAAAAAUGUAUUUGGCAGGCAUUCUUGUGCACUGUGAUCCCAGUCUGGCAUUCCCCCCACUUGAUGGUAACAUAUCAAUCAGAAACUCAUUUUCACAUCUCACUUUUCCCCCAUCUCGGUCUGUCAUAGUUCUGGUGCAGGUAUGCUGCCUUUGUCUAGGAAGAGAAAAGGUAGGUGGGGGGGGGGGGUAAGGUAUACGAGCCAGAAUAACUAGACUUGAAGGUAGACAUUGUAUAAUGGUAACAUAUCAAUCAGAAACUCAUUUUCACAUCUCACUUUUCCCCCAUCUCGGUCUGUCAUAGUUCUGGUGCAGGUAUGCUGCCUUUGUCUAGGAAGAGAAAAGGUAGGUGGGGGGGGGGUAAGGUAUACGAGCCAGAAUAACUAGACUUGAAGGUAGACAUUGUAUAGCUCUGGCCUACUUGUAUCUCAUGGAACUGACGUGCAGCUUAAAUAGGAACCUCAGGCUCGCCAUUUCACUCUAGAAGCUUCCACCCCAUACCCCAGCCGCGUAUAUUCUAAGACUGUGUUGUAUUUUUGUUGCAAAAUGUUAUCAUAUUUGCUUGAUUUAUAUGAUUUAAAACAUUCAUUAUGUGGCAUAUGGUUUAGUGCUCUUUAGUAAUACAGAUGCCAUUAGUCGCGUGCAUAUUUUUUUUUUAAAGAAGUUAAUCAUAGCUAAGGAUGAGGCUGGCUCGACCCAAAUAAAAUGCACUCCAAUAUUUCAAACGGCUUUGAUUGGUCAGAGCUUCCCUGACGUCAUAGGCCCUUCACCAUCUCAUGUCUUGUCCUCAAAACACCCCAUAAAUAAUCUUUACUUCAUAUUAUCCCUCACUUCGUCAGUGUAUUUCCCCCACACGUCUCUCUUCGGGUGCCUCUUACCCCACCCCCUCCCCGAUCCCCCGGGGCAUCUUUUCCCGCCCUCUCGUUAUCUUCAUUUAAUUCUUUAUAAUUAUAUAAUCAAGUGUUAUAGCUAUUAAUCUAUUGAGAACAAUUGGAGCGGACAGCACCAUCUGCAGUUUGUUUAGAUAACACGAACUCGGAGCUCGUCCGAAUGUCUGAAACAAGGAAUUGCGUUGCAGAUGUAGUUGUAGAGAAAAAAAAAUAUGAGCAAAUUUCUUCAGGCUAUCUAGCGAGGGGAAUUCAAUUUGGGUUGGUUGCAGGGCGCAAGUUGGUGGUUGUUUUCUGAUCUUGUCACCUCACCACUUGACGUGGUGCAUGGAUGAUACCGAUCGGUUGUUGAUGCGGUUACAAUAAUUAGUAAUAGAAGUACAAGCUGGGGAUGGGGCGGGGGAGAUGGGAGCGGUGGUGUUGUUGUUGUUUUUUUCUUCUCGUCGGGCCUGUAUCCCAACCGUAGCGUGCUGCGUCAACAAACCUGGGUAAAUGUUGACUGCGUUGCUUACAUGCCACGUUCUCCAAUCUACAAAUAGGCAGGGGAUGGCUCGGGAAACCGAUAGCCCUUGGAUCAUCCAGCCAGGCCACCGCCGUGAGUCUCAUCAAUUAGAAACAUGGGGGGAUAACUUAAACACUUUGAAAAUCGGCGUGAUGGAGAAAUCGCUGCUGUGCCUUUUUACGUGUUUUUAGAGAGCUCAGCUUGUGCCUUUUCAUGUACAGUCGCGCAAUGUACGGGCCCUCCGGUAGUAGAGCAAUGUACGGGCCCUCCGGUAGUAGAGCAAUGUACGGCCCUCCGGUAGUAGAGCAAUGUACGGCCCUCUGGUAGUAGAGCAAUGUACGGCUCUCUGGUAGUAGAGCAAUGUACGGCCCUGCAAUAGAGCAAUUUAUGGCCCUGCAGUAGAGCAAUGUACGGCCCUCUGGUAGUAGAGGAUUGUACGACCCUGCAGUAGAGCAAUUUAUGGCCCUAGAGCAAUGUAUGGCCCUGUGGUAGUAGAGCAAUGUACGACCCUCUGGUAGUAGAGCAAUAUGCGACCCUCUGGUAGUAGAGCAAUAUGCGACCCUCUGGUAGUAGAGCAAUGUACGACCCUCUGGUAGUAGAGCCAUGUACGACCCUGCAGUAGAGCAAUGUAUGCACCUCUGGUAUUAGAGCAAUGUAGGCCCCACUGAUAGUAGAGCAAUGUACGACCCUGCAGUAGAGCAAUGUACGACCCUGCAGUAGAGCAAUGUAUGGCCCUCUGGUAGUAGAGCAAUGUACGCCCCUCUGGUAGUAGAGCAAUGUACGACCCUGCAGUAGAGCAAUGUAUGGCCCUCUGGUAGUAGAGCAAUGUACGGCCCUCUGGUAGUAGAGCAAUGUACGGCCCUGCAGUAGAGCAAUGUAUGGCCCUCUGGUAGUAGAGCAAUGUACGGCCCUCUGGUAGUAGAGCAAUGUACGGCCCUGCCAAGCCGUGUUCACAAUAAUAACCUAAUACUAAACAAGUAUUUACAUGCUUAUUUACGAACCGAACUCGGGGUCAAUUUUUGCAGAUCAUCUCCCACGACGUUUAACAAUACCUAGCUAGCUAUAUACCCCACCAAACUAUGAACUUCUCAUUUACUAGAGUUACUUGACAAAACAUGCAUUCUGGAAACGCAAUUUAUAAGAUUCCCAAUUUGUGCUUUAAACCCCCCCCCCUCCCCAUCUGUACGCCCCCGCCCCGGACUACAAUUCUUGAAACGCAAUUUAUAAGAUUCCCAAUUUGUGCUUUAAACCCCCCCCCCCUCCCCAUCUGUACGCCCCCGCCCCGGACUACAUUAAUGAUAAUAUAGUGUUCCACCCCCUUUUACAUCGCUUAAUUAUUACAUCAGUAGCUAUAGCACGCCAAACAAUGGAGGCGGCAAUGCUGGAACUUCCCAGCUGCUAGAGCUAUUUGACAAAACAUGUAUUCAUGCAACGCACUUUAUAAGAAUCCCAAUUAGUGCUCUCUCUCUCUCUCUCUCUCUCUCUCUCUCUCUCCCGCUCUCCCUCCCUCCCGCGUUCGCAACGGCACACUUUUUCACGCCCCUGAACUAUAUUAAUAUUAAUUGUUAAAUAUUACGCAACAAACGCACUUGCGGUAUUUUAAAGAAUCCCCUUUAGUGCAGUUAUCUGGAAUUUUAUUUAGGUACAUGGGCGCCGCCAUAUGGUAGGUAGUGUUAGUGGCAUUAGCACAUAGACAAUUAUGGAUUGUCAUUAUUUAAAAAAAAAAAAAAACAAGAAUAUUACAAACUCAUGCGUCACGCCAAGAAAAUAAGAAUUUCCGCGCGACCCUCAAAGGUUGCUCACCCUUGAUUUACAUGUUGCUGCAGACCGGGCCUGCACAACAUACGGGCUGCAUGCGGCCCGCGAAGUCGCGAAAUAUUUUUUAUUCUAAUUUUUUUCUUAAUAGCCCUCCCCCCCCCCCCCUGUCCUCUUAUCUUUUGGCCCGCACAAGUUUUUCAUAAAGUAUUACGGCCCGCCGUACAUUUUGAGUGGUGCAGGUCUUCUGGAGACCAUGGAUAUGCGGCCUUUUUUUUUUGAUAGAGUAGCCAUUUUUUAUAAAUUAUAUUUUCUCAAAAUAUUUUGGUACGUUUCAUUGUUUCAACGGCAUUAUUAUAAAUUUAAAAAAAAAUCAAAUGCCGCGCUCAUGUAAGUAUUCCUGAGCUGCAGGUUGUCGUACGGUCUGGAGUCCACGGUCAACAAUUAACUACUCCCUCAAAGAUACAUGUAACAUUCAACAUUGCAUUCGUUAAACCAUUUUUUUUUUAAACAUGACCAAAGUAACAAUAAAAGAUAGCAUAGCUUAAUAUAUAUAUAUUAUGAUGUCAAUGUGUACAUCGGGAGAAAAGAAAUACAGAACUAACUGUCAGCUACUUUGUGAGGCAUCCUAGAGGCGUGUCAUGACUUACAGACAACCAAUCCAUGCUCUCUACAGUAGGAAUUCCCCACACACAAAAAAAAAGAUGGUUGGGGGGAGGGGGGUGUUGAUACCGCCUUGAGAAUAAGGACGCGUACGCAGGCCUGGGAGUAGGUAAAUUGUUGAAAGGAGAAACCCAAAGUGCUAAAAAUGCAGGUGAGAUUUCUGUGAGAUGCUGACAAUGAGUCGCUGGCCCUCGUAUUCCGAAAUGACAUCCACGUGAUACGAUGCCAGGAGUUGUUCUCGCCCCCCGCCCAUGUCCCCCACCCCGGCACCGCUAUCGUGUUUCCCCUCUUUGUUUCUGUCCACGGUCUCCACUUACGGCAUCCCCAGCUCAACCGCACUUCAUUAACACCAGGCAGGGCUGCCACUCAAUUUCUUUAAAAUUCCCAAGAUUUGGUCAAAAUAUUUCCCAAGAUUUCUCAAGAUCAUGAUUACUAUAUGAGUUGUUUUUUUUUUUAAAAAGGGAAAUUAUCUUUGGAAUUUCUUUUUAAAAAGUGAGUUUUUGUCCUGGUUGGGGUAGUGAAUUCCCAAGAUCUUGUGAAAUUUCCCAAGGUGUGGCAGCCCUGACACCAGGGGAUUUGCGUUUUCGUUACCAUCGCCCGGCCGGUGGACUCGGGGAGCUUCGGAGAUCUUCGCGGUGAUGGCUUUCUGACCGUGACGUUAGGCUCUCAUUUAUUUUGAUUUCAACUGAUGAGUUAGUUUAUUGAUGUCUCAAUAUGAGCAGAAGCGCAGUAAGCCGUUGUUUUGAUUCGUAAAGAAAGAAUGAAUCGAUUGGUAACCACCGUCAGUAAAGCUAUCGUCAUUCACAUCCUAUCAUUUCUGUGUGUCUUCAAGCUGUCUGUGGCUUACUGCACACACAAAAACUCACUUUAUACUUUGUGAAACUCCAAUAUGAAGAUUAUGUAUUGGAAGAGAAAUGUGUACCUUUUUUUUUAUUAUGUUACCGCAUGAGGUGGGUUCACUUACUGUAAAGUCUCACAUAGUCAAACUGAACUAGACUUUCCUUUUUUUUAAGUGUGCUUUCUGUCUUUUUUUUUUUCUUCUUCUUUUUUUGUUCGGGGAGGGUUGUUUGGCUGUUAAGUGAUUAUUUAUCAUGGAACUUCGCAACAGUUGUUGCCAUUGAAAGGGGGAAGAGGGGGAUAACAGAGGGGUGACCGAAGGAAGUCAGUGCAAAUUGGUGGCUUCGUUUAUUCAAAUGUUGGAUUUCCCGUUUACCCCACCACCCCCAGCCUCCACACCCAAAAAGUAUUAACACAUACAUAUGCAUGCACACACACACACGUUAUAGUUUAAUUUAAUUAAACAUAUGGCAUCUUCUUUAUUCUAAUACUAAUAUUAAUACGUGUAUUUAUUGACGUGUGGGAAGUGGGGGAUAGUUGAACUCUUUUUUUUUUUCUUUCUCCGAGUUGGUGUCAUCAAAAUCACAGGGUAAGUGCUGCGGCCUCUGGUCUGAAUAUAAAAGAUUGCCGCUUGCGGAGUUGCUAAAGGUUAUAACAGCAAUGAACAGGACGGAAGCCUCUGUGCCAGUAAUUCGUCGCGUCUUCGGGGAUAUUAGGCUAAAUGUCAUCCAUCUUGUUUUCUUACAGCAUAUCAGGCGUGUGUGGCCUUCAUCUUACUACCUACCCAUGUGCGUGCAAUGGUUUAUUUCAUUGAAUCCCGAAUCCCCCCCCCCCCCGACACCUUUAGGUCGUUGGUCAUAUUUUUGUUGAUCCGUCUUAUAGUCUGAAACUCCGCCCCCCUCUAAGCUUCGCCGGGCUCUCUGUCCACCGUAGCGUUUAAAGAAAAUACAUAUCGAAAAAUCCAUCUUGUUUUCUUUCAGCAUAUCAGGCGUGUGUGGCCUUUAUCUUACUACCUACCCUUGUGCGUGCAAUGGUUUAUUUCAUUGAAUCCCGAAUCCCCCCCCCCCCCGACACCUUUAGGUCGUUGGUCAUAUUUUUGUUGAUCCGUCUUAUAGUCUGUAACUCCGCCCCCCUCUAAGCUUCGCCGGGCUCUCUGUCCACCGUAGCGUUUAAAGAAAAUACAUAUCGAAAAGAAAGACAUAUUUUUAAAAUGUAAAAGUUUUACCCCCUUACCGAUUACUAACCGACGCGUGUUGAUGCAGGUCUGACUUUCUUGGGUCACUAUCAGAGCACCAAACGUUACGGUCAUUUACAGGGCGAUACUGACAAACAAAAUCGUAUAACAACAUUCGGGGGGGGGGGGGGGGUGUUAAGAUAUGUCCAUAUUCAAGUUCGUUUGUGACAUAUGUGCCGUGUUUUGUACAAGUCAGAUCUGGUAGCAGUGGCUGUGAGAUUCUAGUGACUAAAACUCAGUAUGAUGGCUCAACGUAAUAGCGCCAUACCUACUUCAAAGUUGCCCAUUUUGUAAAAACAACAUGCAAAAAGUGACUAGUAGAAUAAUGCAGCUUAAGUUAUUGGAUUGUUUUCAUAUUGUUAUUUUUAUUCUUAUUAUUAGGGGUGCAGGGGCUGAUGUUGGGGACGAAAUGUGUGACAUGCACAAGAUUUGCUGUGUGUAUUGUUUUUGUGCUCUCGCUCUCUCUCUGUCUCCCUCCCCCUCUCUCUCUCUCCCCCUCUCUCUCUCCCCCUCUCUCUCUCUCCCCCUCUCUCUCCCUCCCUCUCUCUCCCCCCUCUCUCCAGCCCUCCCUCCCCCUCUCUCUCUCCCCCUCCCUCCCUCUCUCNUCUCUCUCUCUCUCUCUCCCUCAUUAAGUUAUCAGAGCAUGUUUUAAAAAACGCCAUCUUUGUUUAUUGUCCUUCCAGGGCGGAGAUGCCAAAUCGGUCAAGAGCAGUUCCAGUGGACCAGCUCCCCCUGCGGGUGGUGCACCCCCACCCCCUCCUCCACCAGGCCCUCCCCCGCCACCUGACAUGAGCGGCGCCAGUAAAGAUGAUGAAGGGACGGCUGCUAAAGCUGCCUUAUUUGCUCAGCUCAAUAAAGGAGAGGAUGUCACAAAAGGUCGCUCAUUGGAUAAUUAUUUUUAAAAUUGCAUAUGAGUUUAGGUUAUUUUUUUAAUAUCUAUCUAUAAUACAUUGAAACGUUGUCUUGACAUAAUUUCAUGCACGGGAUGAAUGGGGCAGCUUUCUUUGGUUUAAUUUAUCCGCUAUAUUUCUUUAUUGUCUUUAAUUAUUUUCUUUAAGGUUUGCGCAAGGUGACCGAUGACAUGAAAACCCACAAGAAUCCCACCUUGCGCCAAGGUCCAGCUCCGUUUAAGCCCACCCCAGGGGUCAAGCCACAAACUUCCCCUAAGCCAACUCCUAAAUCACUGGCGGCGCCAGCCAAACCACCACUCAUUGAAUUACAAGACAAAAAAUGGAUUGUCGUAAGUUUUGCUCGCCUUUGUACAUUUUAGCCUGAAACUGUGGACAGUUGAAACGCUAUAGCAUAAUGACACAAACAGUUUGUCCAAGUAAAAAACAUUGCUAAGCUUUUAUCAAACUGGGGAAAUGUUCUCUGAAACAUUUGGGCUGCAUGCCUUGAUCAGUGAAAUUAAACAUACAUGAGUUCAGAUUAAAUUUUACAUCAUUUACAGCCUGCUUGCUUUGUGAUUGUUUAGUUCUUUAAUGGACUUAGCCAAACUGCUAGGUUAUCAUUCCUGUCCUAUGACACAGUUUGAUUUAGGAAGAAGAAAAUAAGGAUACACAAACAAUACAUAGUUGAUAGUUGACCAUUAACACCGCAGAGAUCUGUGGAAGAUUAAGUGGUUCAGUGUCAUUGACAUUAGAGUGAUUGAAUGUGUCAUGUCAAUCCUAUUCCAGGAGUAUCACAAAGACAAUAAAAACAUAGUGAUUGACAACACGGAGCUGAAACAAUCGGUGUACAUCUUUAAAUGUGAAGGUUCUGUUGUCCAAGUGAAGGGAAAGAUCAGCUCUAUUGUAUUAGGUAGGUCAAUAAAUGGAUUUUUUGUUCAUAUUUCUGUGGCAUUCACAUAGAAAAGCAUUACAGAAGUCCUACAACAGGCUUGCUUUCUCUGCAUUUACAUGUUCUUGCUAAAAGGAAUAGCCAGAUGUGCUGGACACUAUUCACAAUCAGUUACCAAGAUUCUUAUUAGUAAAAAUAUUCUAAAAGCUUAUUGGCUAAAGAUAUUUAUUUUCAAGAGGAUAUUUCUGACCUGCUUACUCUUACAAUUUUAGCGUGCAAUGUACGAUUUUGAGGUGUGCACAUUAUAUAUACUAUAUGUUUAUUUUUUUACUAUUAAGAUUAUGUAUUGAACGAUUUUGUGAUGAUAUUGUACGAUUUUAAGAGUUUGAGGGUAAAUAGAUCUGAUAUCUGAAUGUUUUUAUGAAACAGUUCGUCCAUGAAGAUGAGUUCAUCGUAACAAUGGGAAAGACCUAAUGUACCUGCAUACAUUCCUUUAAUCAUCCACCGUAUAAUAUGUAACAAUUUUUAAAAAAAUGAUCACAGCAGAAUCUUAAAUUACCUUUAAAGAGCACCUUCUGUCCUACCAUAAUGGUCCCAUUUCCAGGCCAGGAAAUUCCAUGGUUGUUUUCCUACCACCAGGUUUAAAUGGUUGGCUAAAAUACUAACAUAAUAGAAAUAAUUUAACCCCCUAAAAAAUGAAGCCAACUGGGUGGAAAGCUAGUGGAGACGCCGACCCUGAAGCAAUCCAGUUGCUCAGCAUAGAAGGUAGAACAUCAGUACCUGGAAUGUACAAAAUAUAAAAUAAAUGUUAAAUUUAUUUGGAACACUACAACUGCUAUCUUGUUGGCAAGAAAUUUAAGUACAGCAUCUCAUUGCAUUAUCUAUCCUUUAAAAAUUAUGUACUUAAAAACACUAGCCAAGUGGCCCAUUAGCUACAGUAAUAAAUUUUGUCUGGUGGUUUAAAUUAAGGUCAAAUAUUAUUCUCAGAUUCUUGCAAGAAAACAGCUAUUGUGUUUGAUGAUCUUGUUUCUUCAAUUGAAUUCGUCAACUGCCAGAGCGUGCAAGCUCAGGUGAGUACAGCACAGAAGAUAGUUUUAUUAUAUUAUGUGUAUAUAAACCCAGAUAGUUUAAUAACAGGAAAUUAUUUCCUAAAUUCUUUUAUUAUAUUAAAUGAGAUUUUAAAGGGCAAUCUAAAUGUACUUAAGGAUAAAAUAGUCACUGUCUCAUUGGGCAAUCAUUAAUUUCAUUGAGUUUAAUCAUCUAUUUUCCCACCCAGGUGACUGGUAAGGUGCCCACAUUAAGUAUUGAUAAAACCGAUGGCUGUCUUGUAUAUCUAAGCCCUAGUUCACUUGAGGUUGAAAUAGUAACAGCCAAGUCUUCAGAGAUGAACAUUUUGGUGCCACAGGCAGAUGGAGACUAUGUAAGUCAACAUUCACUUAAUUCUUUUCUUUUUAAGGCAUUUUUAUAGGUCAGAGAAAGCUUCCAGAAGAAAACAGCAAUAUUUGUCAAUACAGUAUUACAUACGAGCUACUUCUCCAUAAGAUUCCCAAUUUGGUAAUACAGUUUCAUUAAUAUUAAUUGUGUUGAAGUUGUCAUGGCGGAAUUAUUCUUCUGAUUUGCAAAUAUUAAUCAUUAACAUUAAAUGAGGUUUAGGUCUGUUCGGUUUAUAUCUGUGCGUACUUGUAACAUUGGAAUUAAAACAAUGUACAUCUGUAGCAUUGGAAUUCAAACAAUUUACAUCUACGGCAUUGGACAUAAACAUAAUAUGUACAGAUGGAAUAGUGAUAAAUAUAAUAUGUACAGAUGGAAUAGUGAUAAACAUAAUAUGUACAGAUGGAAUAGUGAUAAACAUAAUAUGUACAGAUGGAAUAGUGAUAAACAUAAUAUGUACAGAUGGAAUAGUGAUAAACAUAAUAUGUACAGAUGGAAUAGUGAUAAACAUAAUAUGUACAGAUGGAAUAGUGAUAAACAUAAUAUGUACAGAUGGAAUAGUGAUAAACAUAAUAUGUACAGAUGGAAUAGUGAUAAACAUAAUAUGUACAGAUGGAAUAGUGAUAAACAUAAUAUGUACAGAUGGAAUAGUGAUAAACAUAAUAUGUACAGAUGGAAUAGUGAUAAACAUAAUAUGUACAGAUUGAAUAUUGAACAUCAGCAAAUCAUAUGUUAUAAGAUUUGAUAUCACCUAAUAAUGCUUACAUCCUUCCUUCAAUAGAAAGAGUUUGCCCUGCCAGAACAGUACAAGACCAAAUAUGAUGGCAAGACAAUGGUGACUACUAUUUCAGACAGUAUUUAGCUAGCAAUGGGCAUUUAUAAGUCUACCUUAACCUUAUAAUGAAAUGCAUACUUUUUGUUCAUGUUAUCAAUAGGUAUACUUUUGUUCAUUUAAUCAUUUGGUAUAUUUUUUUUUGAAUAUUGAAAACUAGGUCUAUCUCAGUUUGAAAUUAACAAAUAACUCUAUUUGCUAAAUGAAUUUAUGUUUAAUUUGCCAUCUAAUAAUGUAACCGUACUAUGUUAUAAUUUCACAUGUUGGUGUUCAAUGUUGGUUUCUAACAUACUAGUAACUGCUUCCAUCACAAACAUUUAGACAAACAUUAGCGGUGGAAAGAUUAUUGUAUUUAAUCUUCUCUCUCUGUGCUAUUAUUUAUACUAUCCUCACUUCACACACAACUUAUCAAUCAUUGGUCAACGUUGCUGUGAGGUUUGAUUGUACCGUAUUCAAAUACAUAGUUCUAUUUAUUGGAUACAUUUUUAUCUCAAAAAUUUUUUUUUUUUUUCUGCGUCAGGUGUGGUAAAACAUUUUGCAUACAAUUGAGAGAAGCAUGUAAAAUGCAAUGAGUUUUAGUAAUUCAUACUAACUUAAUCAAAGUUGUAUUGCCCACUCCAGGCCUCUACGAAUGAUUAGAGAAGCCAUUGUAAUAACUGCUGUAAAGUGAAGCAAUAAUUUGAGUCAUUGCAAUAGGUCAAAGCAUUUAUUUCAACAUACUGGAUUACAUAUAAGAUGUAAUUGUAUUACUGGUACAUCUUGUCUUAUUCAGCUCAAGUUGUAGAGGAUACUGGAAAGAUAAUGUUCUAAAAGAUAAUGUUCUAACUUUUAUUACCUAAAUGAUAUAUUUUGGCAGUGAUUGCACCCAUAAAUUGGUAGAUAAUUGCCUAUUGUGACUUCUGACCAAUUUUAUAUUUAGUUUUGUUCAGGUUGUUUAAAAUUCUCAUUUCCCUUGCUUCAACACUCUUCAGUUACAUUUCCUAAAGAAUUUUCAAAAUUAUCUGGAAAAUAUUGUUCUUUUUAGAUAUUUUGCAAGUCUUUUUUUAUGGUAAAUUUCAUUUGAUCUGACAGUAGAAGAGGGGAGGGGGGGGGGGAGAUGCUUUGCCCAUCAAUCAUUUUGUUGACACUAGGAUGAUAUUUAAGAGUCAAAUUUUGGGAAACAGAGACUCGGGUGCAAUGUGCAAGGGCCAGAUUUGGUCAUCAGUGGAAACUCUUAUGUUUUCUCCACCCAUUUAUAAAAUUGUUCUUUUUAGAUAUUUUGCAAGUCUUUUUUUAUGGUAAAUUUCAUUUGAUCUGACAGUAGAAGAGGGGAGGGGGGGGGGGAGAUGCUUUGCCCAUCAAUCAUUUUGCUGACACUAGGAUGAUAUUUAAGAGUCAAAUUUUGGGAAACAGAGACUCGGGUGCAAUGUGCAAGGGUCAGAUUUGGUCAUCAGUGGAAACUCUUAUUGUUUCUCCACCCAUUUAUAAUAAUAAUCAUUUAUCUGACUCCUUUGAACCUAAGCAGUAGCUCCAUUACUCUGGUAGUCAAGGUACAACAUAACUGAUCAGGGACUGGUGAUCAGCUCAUGUAUCUACCUAUUUACUUAUUGGUGCAACACAAUUGUGGAUUCAGAGUUGUUGCACAUGUUGGCAUUUGAUCAGACUGCAGUUCCCUGUGUUUAUCUUAGUACUCAUGUUAAUGUACUGCCUGUGUACACAAAAGUACAACUAAAAGUAUAAAGUAUGAACAAGAGCAAACUAACAUGACCUCCUCACCAGUGGUAAGCAGAACAUAUAGA